UACGCGCGGUGUUAACCUGUGGGAACGCAGUUCCGUAGCCAUACUGUCCACCUUGGGUUGCAUUAGCAUCUCGGAUUGCGGUGGCCGACUAACACAGAACGUGUUUGUCAGACGUCAUCUAGUACCGGAGCACUGCGCUGACAAGGCUGUGUAGAUGAUUACAGUGCGUAUCUUUGCCUGCACGUCCCUUUUAGGGACGUCCGAUCGAGCUGUGCUCUGGGCGGGACACUGCUUAGGAAGUCACGUCAGUACGCGUCAACAAUGAAAAACUUGGCUACUUAAAGCUUAGUACCAGUGGAGUCUUUGUUCAUUCCCCCCUCUUACAAUGCCUGGCAAACACGUUCGCUUUGCCCUCGACCAGACCUACAAGGUGCCGUCGACACCAUCUCCCGCUAAAACAUCCUCGACGUUGCCCUCGUCGAGAAGCUCAUCGUCGCGACUUCCAGGUCCGACCCCAUACACCCUUCCCCGACCAAAAGUACGGGUUAUUCCACAGGUGCAUUCGCUAUUAUCAGUCGCGAAGCCCCCUGCAAUCAACUACGACCUCGCGAACCACCCUUCCACCGUAACCACACCUUACUCCACCCUUUCCUCCAGACCACACUCGCUCUAUGAGCCUGCCAUUUCACCGCCAGUUUCUCAGCUAACGCUCACGUCUCCCUAUCUUCCCUGGCGAAUUUCUGUUCGUCCAUUGUUGAACGGCACCUAUGUCACCGUCUCCGACGUGCUCCACGCAAUGUACAACGGGCUUCGGGAGAACAUCUCUCCUGCCGAGUUCUACGGGCUGCCCUCGAAAACGCAAAUGCGGAGGGUGACAGAGGCUUAUGAACAAAGAUACAGGCGCAUAAAGAGCCGGAGUGGGUCGUACGAGGAGAAGAAGGCUGGUGUUAAGCGGAUCGACUUUUUCAUGGGUCGCACGAGAUUCGCUGGGCUUUCGCCUAGCUCCAAAGGCCACGAUAUCUGGGUUAUGAACAUUCUGUGAUUUGGGAUGUCGCCCACGAACAUUUUCGUUUUUUCAUUCUGUCAAAAGCUCUCGCACACAUAUAUCGUAGUUUAUCCUUCAAUCAUCGCGCAUUAGUUAACUUAUACCCGCAAUUAUUUACGCAUCACUUUGUAGCACAGUCAUCUUUUUUCCUUCUCUUAUGACCUAUGUACUCAUGCUGCCUACAUAAUAAUAAUGCCCAUU